AUGAGUUUGUGUUGCACCAUUGUGACUGACCUGAAGAGGACCUUCCAGAGCCUGGAGAUUGAACUGCAUGGCCUGCUCACUCAGAAGGGGGACCUGGAGCAGAGCGUCACUGAUAUAAAGGGCAGCCACGGCUCCCAGCUGAGCCAGCUGCAGGUUUGUAUCAACAGCAUGGAGGAGGAGCUGCAGCAGCUCAACGUCAGCAUCCAGCAGCAGGCCUCCGAGUACCAGAUCCUCCUGGACAUCAAGAUGAGGCUGGAGAUGGAGAUCGCUGAGUACAGGAGGCUGCUGGAUGGAGAGGGACUCAGACAGGAGGUCAGGAAAGCGAUCGUGGUCGAGAAGAUCCAGGAAAUACAAGUCCAGGAAGUGGUGGAAAAGCGGGUGAGGGUGAUCGUGGAGGAGAUGGUGGAUGGGAAGGUGGUAUCCACCUCAGUUGAUGAGAAGGUCCAGGAUAUGAACUAA